CACUAAGAGCCAAGGCGCCAAGGGGGAGGGGAAGCGGGGGGAGACGGUGUAAACGGCGUGGCCGCCAUCUUGUUUGUACCCCGGCUUAGCGCGCGCUCCGUUCUCCGUGACGCACGCUUCCCCCUCCCCUCCGUCGUGCCCAGGCCUCUGCAUUGCCCGACUCCGCCGGAGCGCGGGGGCGGCUCCUGCUCUUCCCUGGACUUCUGAGCCGAGGCGUGUGCUGUGAGGGAUUCCAGAGAUGACUCAUACUCAUGUCCUACCCACAAGAAGCUUAUAAACCAGAAGGGGAAAUGUGCUGUCAGAAUGUCCACAGAAGGAGGAUUUGGUGGUGCUAGCAGCAGCGAUGCCCAGCAGAGCCUGCAGUCCUUCUGGCCUCGUGUCAUGGAAGAAAUCCGGAAUUUAACAGUGAAAGAUUUCCGAGUCCAGGAACUCCCACUGGCUCGUAUUAAGAAGAUUAUGAAACUGGAUGAAGAUGUGAAGAUGAUCAGUGCAGAAGCCCCUGUGUUGUUUGCCAAGGCAGCCCAGAUUUUUAUCACAGAGUUGACUCUCCGAGCCUGGAUCCAUACAGAGGAUAACAAGCGCCGGACUCUUCAGAGAAAUGAUAUCGCCAUGGCGAUUACAAAAUUUGAUCAGUUUGACUUUCUCAUCGAUAUUGUUCCAAGAGAUGAGCUGAAACCACCGAAGCGUCAGGAGGAGGUGCGCCAGUCUGUGACUCCCGCCGAGCCCGUCCAGUACUACUUCACGCUGGCUCAGCAGCCUACUGCCGUUCAAGUCCAGGGGCAGCAGCAAGGCCAGCAGACCACCAGCUCCACAACCACCAUCCAGCCUGGGCAGAUCAUCAUUGCACAGCCUCAGCAGGGCCAGACGACACCUGUGACCAUGCAGGUUGGAGAAGGUCAGCAGGUGCAGAUCGUCCAGGCCCAGCCGCAAGGCCAAGCCCAGCAGGCCCAGAGUGGCACUGGACAGACCAUGCAGGUGAUGCAGCAGAUCAUCACGAACACAGGAGAGAUCCAGCAGAUCCCGGUGCAGCUGAAUGCCGGCCAGCUGCAGUAUAUCCGCUUAGCCCAGCCUGUAUCAGGCACCCAAGUCGUACAGGGACAGAUCCAGACGCUUGCCACCAAUGCUCAACAGAUCACACAGACAGAGGUCCAGCAAGGACAGCAGCAGUUCAGCCAGUUCACGGAUGGACAGCAGCUCUACCAGAUCCAGCAAGUCACCAUGCCUGCCGGCCAGGACCUCGCCCAGCCCAUGUUCAUCCAGUCAGCCAACCAGCCCUCCGACGGGCAGGCCCCCCAGGUGACCGGCGACUGAGGGCCUGAGCUGGCAAGGCCAAGGACACCCAACACAAUUUUUGCCAUACAGCCCCAGGCAAUGGGCACCGCCUCCCUCCCCAGAGGACCCCGCCGACCUUCGCGCCUCCUGCAGGCUAGGACACUGGUGCACAACGCCCCAUGGCUGGGGGCCGAGAUUCUCCAACAGAAAGAUGCAAUAUUUUUUAUUUCCUUUUUUCUCAUUUUUUUUCCUCCAAGGAAUCAAUAUUUCAAUAUGUUGAGCUGUGUGUCCAAUGCUAUGAAAUGAAAAUAUUAAAUAACAUAUUUAUGGCAUUUUCUCAAA